AUGGGGAAGACAAGAGCUCUUUAUAAGAAAAUUAGAGAAAUUAAAGGAAAAUUCCAGGCAAAAAUUGGAAUGAUACAAGAUAGAAACAGGAAAGAUCUGGGUGAAGCAGAGGAUGUUAAGGAAAGCUGGGCAGAAUAUGUAGAAGACCUAUACAAGAGAGAACCACAUAAUGACAGGUCUCCUACUGGUGAUGUUAAUGUUAAUUUAGAACUAGAGCCAGAUAUUUUGGAGAGCGAAAUCCAGUGGGCCCUUGAAAACAUGGCUGAUAACACAAUUAGUGGACAUGAUGAAAUACCAGCAGAAUUGUUUAAAGUCACUGGAAAGGAUACAGUGAAAGUGCUGCACUCAAUAUGUCAAAAAAUAUGGAUCACGCAGCAGUGGCCAAAAGACUGGAAAAGAUCAGUAUUCAUCCCCAUUCCAAAGAAGAGAAGUUCUAAAGAAUGCUCAGACUACCAAACAAUCGCACUUAUCUCACAUGCUAGCAAAGUCACGUCGAAAAUCUUACAAAAUAGACUUUGCCAAUAUCUAGAUCGAGAGCUACCAGAAGAACAAGCUGGAUUUAGGAAAAGAAGAGGAACUAGAGAUCAAAUUGCUAACAUUCGGUGGAUUAUGGAAAAAGCAAGAGAAUUCCAGAGAGAUGUGUACCUCUGCUUUAUUGACUACGCCAAAGCCUUUGACUGCGUCGAUCACAACAAAUUAUGG